GAAGCGUAGUUAUGAAUUAUGCGUGAACUAAUGUGAAAGUAUGAAAAGUAAUCUUAAUAAUUUUUACAAUAAUGUUUGCAUAAUUCAUGUUUAUUAGAUAACCUUAUUAAGUAAAAUUUAAAUUAUACGUUUAUUGUAAUUAAUAGUGGUUGUUGAUACGCGAAAGUUAAUGUUUACAAGCUAUUGAACAAAAAUGCACGAAAUGAAUUUUUAUUUACUCUUUAAGUAGGAAAAUAUAGAUUAUUUGUUGAAGUUACAUAUCAUCGAUAAUGGCACCGAGACGAGCUGAAGACAUACAUGUUAAAAGAGUAGCAGCUUUAGGUUGCAAGUUGCCUGAUCAACUACCAGCAGGAGAAAUACUUACAGAUAUUACUCAAAACAAAUGGAAAUUAGGACAUACGAUAGGAUAUGGUGGAUUUGGUGACAUAUAUUUAGCAUCAAAUGAUAUUUACGCACCUGUAAGAGAAGAUGCAAAAUAUGUUAUAAAAAUUGAACCACAUAAUAAUGGUCCAUUAUUUGUUGAAAUGAACUUUUACAUAAGAGCAGCUCGUAAAGAUAUGAUUGAGAAUUGGUGUAAAUCACAAGGAAAGAGACGAAUAGGUGUUCCAACGUAUGAAGGAUCUGGCUCUCAUAUAUAUCAAGGUCAAAAAUAUAGAUUUUUAGUAAUUCCAAGAUACGGCAUAGAUGUUGGAAAAUUGUUUAUAUCGAAUGGAGGAAAAUUGCCUAUGAAAUUUGUUAAUAGACUAACUAUUCAAAUGUUAGAUGCUCUUGAAUAUAUUCAUAGUCGAGGAUAUGCUCAUGCAGACAUUAAGGGAUCAAAUAUUUUAUUAUCAUUGAGCAAGGAAGAUAUCAAUGCAAAAAGAUCACAGGCACAUUUAGUUGAUUAUGGGCUAGCCUAUCGUUUUCGUACAGGAUUAGGUAUACAUAAACCAUUUGUUCACGAUGAAAGAAGAGCACACGAAGGAACAUUAGAAUUUACAUCAAGAGAUGCACACCAUGGAACACAUUCAAGAAGAGGAGAUUUAGAAACUCUAGGAUAUAAUGUAUUGCAAUGGUUAUCUGGUAAAUUACCCUGGGAAAAAGAAGAUGGUAGUUUGACAAUGGAUCCAGAAGAAGUCCAUGCGCAAAAAGAAAUUUUACUCUCAAAUAUACCAUUGUUCAUGCAUAAAUGUUUCCCUUAUAAGAAAAAACCACCUGCUGCCAUCGUGGAAUACAUGACUUAUAUUACUGAAUUGGGAUUCGAAACUAAACCUAACUAUUCCUAUCUACGUAGUCUAUUUCAAACUGGUUCUAACCAAAAAAAUGACGUUCCUACAUGUUUAUAUCGUGUAAGAGAAUCUAAUGAAAAUAUUUCUUGUCCCAUCUCUUUCAAACGACCGUAUUUAAGAGAAAGAAAGCCAUGUAAACCUGUUAAUGGCGAGAUACGUAUAACACGAAAUACGCAACCUAAAACUUCAAUUGAAAGAAAAGAGUUUUGUUGGGAAGCAGUAUUAGCAUUACAUCCUGAUAAACUUGCAAAAAUUACUGUACAAACUUUGCCUUCGUCACUCACUCCCCCAACACCUCUUACUCCACCACCAUCUCCACCACCUCCAUCCUUACCUACGUAUGCUAUGUUAAGUGUAAUUCAAAGAAUGAAAGAAAGACAAUCUGGGACAUUGCGAUAUAGAUCACUACCAAAAUCCACAGACGAUCUUAAGGCGAAGUGUAUGACACCAGCCAUGGAACAAAUUAUUCAAUUGAGAAAGAAGAUUCCAUCGGCGCUUUCUUUAUCUAAAGUUUCACCGCGUUUGACUCGUUCCCGAGUGGCUAAAUUAAAGCGACUUGGGAAUAAGAAAUCACACAAGAAAAUACACAGUAAUAAAAGGAGGAAAUGUCCACCAUCAUAAACAGGAUUGAUUUUUCUGACUAUUGUUCCAGUUUUCAUUCCUUGGAUAAUGGAAUUUUGAGCAAGUUAUCUAAAUAAUGGAUGUAUGAUUAAGUAUUAUUCUCAAUUAGUUUAUUUAGAUUUUAUAAGAAUAUACUCUUGAUGUUCCUGUUAACAGGACAAAAUUUCAUUCAUUAGUAAUGCCUCAAGUGCUUAGUGCACUACUUUUUGUAAGACUGCUUUAUCAUGAUUUGUUAUUAAACAAAUAAUAUGAUUAAUAUAAGAUUUUUUUUAAAUAAUUGAAUAACGAACAAAUAAUUACAAGUAGUUGAGAUAAUAGUUAUAGAAAUUACACUGCUUCCUUUUAGCAAAUGAUUUCAGUAUAAUUGGAUUAUGCCUUGUUCAU